GUUAACUAGAUCUCACACACUUGUAUUCUUAUGGAAACACAACUCUACUCAGUGUCUAAACAUUAGAAACAAAAACAUUUAAAUUCCUUUAAAUUGAAAUGUAUUAUCAAAACUAGGGUUAUUGAUGGAAGCUGUCAUUUUUUACAGUGCAAACUGGACCUACAACCUAUCCAGUGCAUGGCUGUGUGACUAAAAAUACAUGUGAAGCAGGUAAGAACCUGCAGAGUCUACCUUUCAUGGAAAAUCUUGGUAACAUCACCAGUGGACUAAGCUGUUGCGGACAAACUGGGUGUAACUCUUGGACACCAAAUCCUCCAUCAUCAACGCCUUCACCUACCGAUUCAGUUACAACUUCAUCUCCUGCACCAACUACAACCAACAACACAGCUGGAUCCUUGCAUUGUAUGGCCUGCACAGAUCAGACGUGUACAACCACAGCAUUAUCAGAAUGUGGCUCAGAGACAAUGUGCAUUACUGCUUCCAUUAUAGCCACUUCAUCAGGAACUACUACUGAAAGAAUCUACAAGGGCUGUGCACCAUCCCACCUGUGCCAAGUUACAGGCAUGCAGAACUUUUCAGCCAACUUGGGUUUCUCAAGCGUCCAUGCAUCCGCUCUGUGCUGCAACUCUGAGAACUGCAACUCCCAAAGUCUUCCCAUGCCCCAACCUCAGCCAUCUAACAACCUGCAGUGUUUGAGUUGUGACCCUCAAACAUCUAACUGUAGCACCAUGGUAACGUGUUCAGGAGAGGAAAACAGCUGCUUGACAGCCACAGUGCAAACUGGACCUACAACCUAUCCAGUGCAUGGCUGUGUGACUAAAAAUACAUGUGAAGCAGCUGGAUCCUUGCAUUGUAUGGCCUGCACAGAUCAGACGUGUACAACCACAGCAUUAUCAGAAUGUGGCUCAGAGACAAUGUGCAUUACUGCUUCCAUUAUAGCCACUUCAUCAGGAACUACUACUGAAAGAAUCUACAAGGGCUGUGCACCAUCCCACCUGUGCCAAGUUACAGGCAUGCAGAACUUUUCAGCCAACUUGGGUUUCUCAAGCAUCCAUGCAUCCGCUCUGUGCUGCAACUCUGAGAACUGCAACUCCCAAAGUCUUCCCAUGCCCCAACCUCAGCCAUCUAACAACCUGCAGUGUUUGACUUGUAACCCUCAAACAUCUAACUGUAGCACCAUGGUAACGUGUUCAGGGGAGGAAAACAGCUGCUUGACAGCCACAGUUAAGGACUUGGACUUGACUUAG